AUGACUACAUCCGUAACAAUUAACUCUCAAGUAAAAUCUGAUGUCAAGGCUCCGAAAAAUAAGAAAGCUAUGAAUGCCGCAACUUUAGAUCAAUCUAACUCGAAAUCUGACAUUCAAUCUAACACCAAAACUGGACCAGAAGAAGCUUCCUCGAAUGAUAUCGCAGAUAAUAGCAACAUUGUAGAGAGUGCAUAUGAAAGUCCAUAUCUCCGGGAGUUACAAAAGAGUAUACGAAACAUAAACAAAAAGAUCUCAAAUGCCUCGAGGGUGGAUAAUAUCGUUGCAGAAAACCCUGAAAAAACUCUCGACGAGCUAGUAGCCUCUCGCAAAAUUAAUGCUGAUCAAAAAGCUCAAAUACUUAAAAAACCAGCCUUACAGGCAUCUUUGGCUCAAUUAGAAGAACAAGUCUCUCAGUACAUGAAAUUUGACCAUGAUUUUAAGACUCGUUACCAAGAAGAGAAGGCAAUUUUCGAGAAAAACCUAAAAGAGCAAGCUAGUAGGGAGUUGCAGGAUGCGAUUACAACAACAAAAUCCGAAGCACAAGAGACUGCAGCAAAAGAAUUGGAGGAUAGUCUACUACUACUCUCCAAGUUCCUCAAACUUGCUGCAAUCAGAAGGGCAGAAGAAGAAGUUGCAGAACUAAAUGAGAGUAAAGCACUAGAAGGACUUCUAGCCCAGGUAUACUCUGGUGAUUCGGCAGCUGUCGCUGCCAUGCUCAAUUUGAUAAAUGGAUCUGAAAAGACCUUGAAGUCGGUCUCUGGGGAGGAUCUCGAUACUACAUAUGCUACACUCAGGGCUGCGUCACUGGCACAAGUACCAUAUGCCGACGUUGAUGAACUUCUUGAAAGUGACGAAGUUGUAAAAUCAUCGGAAUACACUGUUCAGGGAGAUCCAACCAUAAUACAUGCAGGUCUUACAGAAACUGAUGCUAAUACAGAUACCGCCCUCACGAAUGGUAACAUUGAGCCUUCUGGGAGCCAGGGUAUCAUAAGAAAUUCAGGCUUUGGUAACGAGGCUACCAAUGCCGCAGCUGAGCAUAAAUUAAACGGAAACAGCGAUCUAUCUCAGUCUCAAGAAUGGAUUAAGUUACCAAGCGUAAUUCCGACUGAAUCUAGCGAAACUGACAGCUCUGCCGCUCAUUCCAAGGUUCAAAGUUGGGCUGACGAUCGACCUGAAAGUCCUGCUGAUGCUCCAAGUAUUGCUCCUCCUGCAGUAGAUGACGGCUUCCGAGAAAUACAGCGAAGCCGUGGAGGUCGCGGUAACCGUGCAGGUCGGGGUGAUGGCUACAGAGGUCGAGGAAACUACAGAGGUGAUGGAUACCGUGGACGUGGACGCAAUGGAGGAAAUAGUCGCGGUGGCCGUCGUGGAGAUGAAUAG